UCGUUGGUGAAACUGCAUUUCCGACCCCAAAGACUAUAUUGAAAAUGCCUCUGGUUCCGUACGUACCCGACCCGCGGCGUUAUGAAAGCGUCUUCCUGAACCAAACCGGAGGAAGCGCGCUCAUACGCUACCGAGGGACCUUGCAGAAUGGAUCGGGGUUUCCACAAAUCCUUAAAAGGUUAUUUGCCAAAAUUUCUUCCUUUGCGGCCCCUCUUUUAAAGCAAGCAGCUCCCCAUGCCAAAGCCGCGCUGGAAGCCGCCACACCACACCUGCAAGAAGCUGCUACCGGGGUUAUUAAAGAUGUAGCAGCACGUGCCGGAGCCGCGAUUGAGAAACGUCUAGCUCCUCAAGAAGGACAAGCUCGAAAACGAUUGCGACGGAUAAAACGUAUUCCCCCUAAAGAUAUUCCUGACUUUAUUUAAAAAAUGGCCAUGCUCAUGGUAGAAGAUUCGGAACCGGCCAUGCAGCUGGAGAAUCAGUUAUUUGCCCUUCCGGCCACGUUGACUGACCGCUGGCGAACGGAGAACGAGAAAUUGAAUCCCACCACCAUAUUGACGGAUAACGGUUCAGCUGGAGACAACAACUUUUUCAUUCCUCCCAGUACGUCUGGUUUACUUAGUUUGGCUGAUAUGAUACUGGAGUUGGAGGUGGGCAUCAAAGUGCGCAAGGGUAGUGGAGAAUGGGAAGCGAUGACGGCAGCCGAUGGUGUCGCGCCCGUCAACAAUUUCUUGCAUUCUCUGUUUUCCUCGUGUCACGUCACGGUGGCUAAUCGGCUCAUCUCGGAUGCGGCGACAUUUUAUCCAUACCGUGCUUAUCUAGAAUCAUUGCUAUCUUAUACGACCGAUGCGCAAAAUAGUCAAUUGACAUCGGCGGCUUUCUACCACGAUACCGCACUGCGCUUCAACGAUGAAACACUAAACAAGGGCGAGAAAAACCGCAAAGCCUUGUUUGAUGGUGGAAAUUAUGUGCAACUUUCGGGCAAGCUCUUUGCGGAUCUGUUUGACCAGAGCAAACCGUUGUGCACGGGUGUGCCAGUCAAUAUCCGAUUAGUAGUCAGCCGACCGGAAUUUUCUUUGCGCGUGUGGGAUCAGGAUGCUACAAAGACCUUCAAACCAUUCAUCCGCAACGCUCGACUAUCGAUUCGACGAUAUAUACCAUCCCCUGAUUUUCUAACGGCUGUGACGGGAGAAUUGUUAAAGAAAACCGUAAAGUACCACAUUGAACGUGUGGUAAUGCGUGUGUCGGAUAUUGCUCAAAAGACACAGAGCACAGUGGUCAGUAAUCUGCAAAUUGGACAAAUUCCCAAAGUGGUCUUCAUUGGAUUUGUGGACAGUGAAGAUUUUCAUGGAUCAAGUAAACGCAAUCCGUUCAACUUUCAACACUUUAACCUGACGCAAAUCAGUGUGGAAGUGGACGGGCAAAGUUAUCCCAACAAACCUUACAUGGCUGAUUUUGAACGCAGCCUGUCUUUGGAAUGCUAUGAUGGACUACUAGAUACGUUGGGCCAUCGACCAAGUCUACAAGGAAGUCUCCCGUUUACGCGCACGCAGUACAACCAAGGCUAUACGCUAUAUGGGUUUGACCUCACGCCCGGACAUACUGGACGCGGACCGUUAACUUUGAUCAAACAGGGCAAUUUAAGCGUUUCUGUUUCCUUUGGAAAACCAUUGGAAAAAACCAUCAUGAUGGUGUGCAUGCUGGUGUACGACAGCGUUAUUGAGAUCAACCAACACCGUCAGCUGAUUGCGGACUUUUCAACAUGAACAGCCAGCAAAUCAACGAGGCCUUGCAGGGCCAUCCGAUCACCACCCAAACUUUUCGUGGUGUUUUUGCCAGUAAUGAAGUACCCCCGUCACUACAACCCUAUCCCGCAGCGUGUGUGGUAAAUACUGAUCCGGCUGACCGAGAAGGAGAGCAUUGGAUUGCUUUGUAUCAGGAAAUGGAUGGAAGUAUGGAAGUGUUCGACUCGUAUGGCAAGAAGCUGGAAUCUUACUCGUCAGACUUUGUUAGUUUAACUAAAGAGAAUGAAAUUGUCUUGCAAUCCGAGCAGUUUCAAUCAGAACUCAGUACCGUCUGUGGCCAAUAUUGUCUGUUUUUCAUUUUACGACGAUGUA